AUGUCGUACAACAAGCCCGAGAAGGACUACGCCGGCGAGCAGGCCAAGACUCACAAGAUCCGCAUCACCCUCAGCUCCCGCAAGGUCGCCGCCCUCGAGAAGGUAUGCAGCGAGCUCAUCGAGCGCGCCAAGAGCAAGGACCUCCGCGUCAAGGGCCCCGUCCGUCUUCCCACCAAGACCCUCAAGGUUACCACCCGAAAGACUCCCUGUGGUGAGGGUUCCAAGACCUGGGACUGCUACGAGCUGCGCAUCCACAAGCGCCUGAUUGAUCUGAACGCUCCCACCGAGACCGUCAAGCAGAUCAUCGUCAACAUCGAGGCCGGUGUCGAAGUCGAAGUCACCAUCGCUGCUUAA